AUGACUAACCCACACUCUGUCCUCAUCGCUUCAGAGGAACAACUCAAGGUGGGGGUGUACCUGUUUAACGUACCUGCCCUACAGCCACAGGUAGGGGGCCGUGGGCCACAGGGGGUGUACCUGUCUAACGUACCUGCCCUACGGCCACAGGGGGGUGUAGUGUACCUGUUUAACGUACCUGCCCUACGGCCACAGGUACGUUAUGACUGUAUCCGUAAAGAGGACAUCAGUGGCAUCGCUUCCUGUGUCUUCACAAGGAACGGGCAGGGGUUCUACCUGAUCUCUCCAUCAGAGUACCAGCGUUUCUCCCUGUCAGCUAAAGUCAUCACAGAACCUCUGUGUACUGUGGAGCUGGAGAGACCUCUGGAGACACACAUCAGCGACGACGCAGCCAUACCUCUCCGGGCCAACGGAACUCACCGGAACCAGGCUGAAGGGUUAACCGAGGACCCCCAGUGUGGCCUGUCCUCCCCGCCUCCCCUCUCCCCUCUGGACUCCCCCCUCAGCAUGGCUGACGUCAGCCUGGACACCACCGGAGAACUCACUGUAGAGGACGUCAGGGACUUCCUCACUUCCGUGGACGAGGUAGAGAAUAACUUGAGGAACAUCACAGAGGAGGACGGAUGCUCUCUAGGAGUCCUGAUCACCUGACCAGGUCUGUCUGUGUUGUGGGAGCAUCUGGACUACAGACAGACAUCAUGUGAUGCUACCUGCCACUCCUCCUCCUCUCAUCCCCCCCAUCACGGCCUUUCAGUCCUGGGGUUGUUGGACUGACCAUGUGACCACUUCGGCUACUGAGGACAGGACUGAAGAACGUCAUGAUGAACUGUUCUAACCACUAACACACUACACCUGGUCAACACGUUGGGAUGGACCUCCUCUUCAUCCCUCCUCUUACUCCCUCCUCCAUCCCUCCUCUAUCCUUACUUCAUCCAUCCCUUCAUCCCUCCUCCAUCCCUACCUCACUCCUCCAUCCCUCCUCUAUCCUUACUUCAUCCCUACUUCAU